GCUGCUGUCUGUUACACCCUGGUUGAUUCAACUGUUCUUCCCGAUUAAGGGGAAAAUGGAAAAAAUUCGCUGGAGAAGUAAAAUAAGCUUUUAAAAAUGGAAAUAUGGAGCUUGAGACUUACGUGGACUCAAUGGACUUAAAGGUUAAAGAGUUGUUAAAGGAGGUGCGGCUUGAACACACACUUGCUAUCACCGGACUCGUGAUGAUGCAGUUUCCGCCGUCAAAUCUGCCUUGGAAAGAGUCCCAGAUGAUUUUCAGGUAACGGCUGAUUUAGCUCCAGGAUGAGGCUGCAAUGACUUUAAAAUGUAAGGGUGGGAGAGUGAGCAGUAGGCAAGGCAUCUCAUUCUAAAGAGAAUUAUUGAGCAUUUACUCCAACGGCAUCUUUCUUUGUAUAAAGAUAAUAUUGAGCAAAUAGUAGAUCAACUUGAUUUCUCCUUGCUUCAUGGUGGUAAAGGUAUUGUUAUCUGCCAUUUACCCACUAUCAAUCUUUGUGAUCUUUCUUCUUCUUCUUCUUCUUCUUCUUCAUUUUUUUUCCUGUUAAUCAUGCAAUGUUUUAUAACAAUUCCACUAGCAAUUUCUCAGACCCAAUUUCAUAUUCUGGAAGAUUGCUUGGGGCGUUUGAAGAAUUAUCAAAGUGCUUGCAUGGUAUAAGAGAUGUUCCCCUGUGUGUAUCUAGUAUGCAACCAUUGGACUCUGGUACUAAUCUUAGCAAGAAAAGCAUUCUUUCCUUCUUGUCUCCGGUUACCUCCUCAUCUUUUCCUAGUGCCUUUUUUUUUUUUUUUUGCCAUCAGUGCUUGUUCUUGUUGGGAUGAGUGAUGUUUGAGGCUUGCAAAGCGGUUGAUCACUUCACAUCUCUUCUCUGCUUGUUUGGUAGAGGAAGCAGCUGAACUGUUAGCUGCUUAUCUCUUUUUGAAGCCUCUGCCAUUUAAUGUUCCCUGCUCGAGGGUCAAUGGUUUUUUAAGGUAUAGUCUUCUCCCACCUGUGGCUGCAGAUAUAUGAAUCUUCCUUGCUGCACCAAAUAUAAUAAUCUCAGUCUU